ACACAGCAUAUACAUGUCUAUCUCUGUCAGUGCAGAUAACGUCCCCAAACCCCCAUCACCUCCCCCAUCCCUCUUGGCAGCUAUCAACCCUGAUCUCCCCGUACACGGCGUCCAGUACCCUCCAGGAUUCCUCGAGAGCCUCCAGCUCAUCCACGACCGCCCUGCCCCCUUCGCUCCGAUAAGGGCUAUCAAUGGCGACCAGCUCGCCAUGCUCCGGCACAUCUCUGCGAUGUCAGAUGUGCCCGACUCUGUCCUCUUUCCCUACCUCCAUGGUCUUGACGGAGACAACGAAGCACAAAAACAGUUCUUCGCCCAGGACGCGAUGAUAUCCCGCGGUCCAAACUCUGCGCAUGUCACGUCCAUGCUUGUUCCGCGCUAUCGAGGACUGGUCUGUGUUGCCGUGGAGGAGCGCGAGAAGGAGAGUGAUUGGAUCGACGAAGACGACGACAGCCUGAUGGAGGAUUCUGACGACGAAUUCUACGACGAGGACGACGCCAUGUCCGACGAUGCUCCAGGCCAUGACAGCGAUAACAGCACGCCUCCAGACUCGGACGCCGUUCCUUCGCUGGACCACUCCCGCGAGGCAUCAGAAGAAUCGUCGACCUCAGCCAGCUCGUCCCCCAACACUGAUUCCCCUCCCGCAUCCGUCUUUGGUCAAAGCCUACCCUCACCUACGGGAAAUCUUGGACCUGAUGGCCAGAAGCUCAUUCCCGGGUCCAUCUCCCGCGGCGCUACGACUACCUUCACCUCUGCUAUCACACCGCUACUCACCUCAUCCUUCCGCGCUGCUAAUCUUCUUUUUGACCCCACCUCGGAUCAUCCAGAGUUCAUCGACCCUGGAGUUCCGGAUGGCAUCUCCCUACGAAACUUUGGCAUCCAAGUGGGCAAGUACGUCACUUUGGCUGAUAUCAUCGUCUACUCCGCGGGUGGUCUAACAAACUCCGCUAUCAACGCUGCCAAGCGCUUCAAACAUGCAAUUGAGAAGAAGGCGGCGGAUCGGCACCAGAGGUGGCCAAACGUCCCACUGGUUGCAUACAAUGUCUUCGUGGUCACUGACCCCUUCCAUGUCAUCGAGGAGAAGUACCCUCACCUGGUAGCUGUUGACCACCGCGGGCUGGUCAAGCAUAAGGUGGACUUCAUUGCGCGGGAGAAGGAAGAGAUGAGGAAUCUAACGAAGGCGUCUGAGAUUUCCCCGCAUGUCUGGCUUGGAAACACCAUGGAUGCACCAAUGCCCUUCCGUGCCACUUCGGCAGACCCAUUCGAUCCGACAGGAAACGACGGCCUGUGCGACAUCUGCAUCGAAUGCCACGAAGGUGUCCCAUUCCCAAGCUCUUCCCACAUCCGUCAAGCAGAAGAGCACCUGCGGAACCUCGACGAGAGAUGGGUACAGCACACAACUGCGACUUCUUCUCCGGGAAGGAAGCGCAUGAGCAGCCCACCGCUAAGCCCAAAAAGCCCUGUCAGCCCCACUACCUCUGCUAUUCUCGAGCUCAGCGAGCUGCAUUUCACUCGCUCCAAGAGUGGCCCACCAACACCGCUGAACCUGUCAGGUUCUACGUCUCCGUCUGACACACCUCGCGUUUGUCGUCGAGAACCAUCUCCGAAGCCUCGCCCUCCCCCGAACCCCAUGUCCGCUAUCCACCUUCUUUUCCCUUCUUCCCCCCCUUCCAACCAAACCACCCUUGUUCAGCUCAUGCCCUUCCUCGAGUUCCUCGAACGUGCCAUCAAUCCCGAAUGGAUGCCUUCCCCGCGGUAUGGCACUACCCGCCCCAGCGCUUCCGGCUCCAAGGGUCAUUUCCGUCCUUCCCGCCCUCUCAAAGUCCUUAUUUACUCUGCUGACGGCUACACCGAGUCGUCUUUCCUUGCCCUUUGCUGGCUGAUGCACCACCUAGAGCUCAGCCUUCCGGAGGCGUAUCUUGAACUACAAGUUGAGAAGCAUCGCAGUUUCUUUGUCUACACGAACGAACUUGGGGUACUCCGCCGCAUCGAGGCAAAGAUGGUGGAAGAACGUGCUCACGAGGCUGCCGCUACUGCCGCUGCCGCCUCAGAAGAGCAGCCCACAAUUCCUUCCCCGACUCCGCGUGAGGUGAGCGUCACGAGCUCAAGCUCGGGAAGCGCAGGGGGCAAAAAGUGGAGGCUUAGUGGUCAGUGGAGGACGAGGAGCCAGUCGAGCGCUGCACCAGUCCCGAGCAUCGCCCUAAUGAGCUCUUCUGCUCCCAACACUCCUCUCGACGCAGACCUUUUCAUGAUGCCAAAGCCGAAAACUGCUAAACGGGCCCGUGCAAGCACUUCCCCAAGCCUUCCUGGCUUCCCGGACCACCAAAUCUGGUUCGACGAUCCGCGCUUCGACGGCAGUUUCCCAAGCAGGGUCCUUCCAUUCCUGUAUCUUGGGAAUUUGAACCAUGCCUCCAACGCGUUCAUGUUGCAUGCCCUCGGCAUAACCCAUGUCGUCUCCGUUGGCGAAUGCGCAUUGGUGCCGCCGACCGGGCACGGCGAAAAUGGCACUGGGUUCAACCUUGUCUGUCCUGUCACCCACAGCCUUGCCGGCAGGGGCUCCCUCUGGAUGGAAGAACGCGAAGGGCGGAUCAAGGUUCUGGAUAUCAAGGGCGUGUGCGACGAUGGUAUCGACAGCUUGCGUCCGCAGAUCCGUCCGAUUGUGGAAUGGAUUGACAAAGCCCGGGACGAGGGCGGCAAGGUGCUUGUCCACUGCCGUGUUGGCGUCUCCCGGAGCGCGACCGUGACGAUUGCAUACGUUAUGAAGCAUUUGAAAUGCUCGCUUGUUGAGGCUUACCUCAUGGUUCGCUCGCGCAGGCUGAGCGUCCUUAUUCAGCCCAACAUGCGUCUUCUGUACAACCUCUGUGGAUGGGAAGUAGAGCUCGCACAAGACGAGAUUCGCGAGAACAACAUGCCCGAAACGCACGGCAUGGAAAGUAGGUUGAGUUGGCCCUACCUUGCUAAGGAGGUUCACACGCUCAACGAGCGCUACCUCUCGUGAGGCCCCAACUGCACCUUCGCCAUUCGGAAUAUGUCACAAUGCGGAUCGUUUCCGCAUUCACUGUGAAGAUACCUCCCGACAUGAAAGCCGUAAUCCUUCAUUGUCUGCAUGUUUGUAUGUGCUUUUAGUUUCUGAGUUCUUGUACUAUGUCUUCUUCGUCCGUCUCCUCUGCGCUCCUUGUACAUUAACGUUUCGAUCUCCCUCGUUGUUGCAUGUCUUGUCGGGUCUCGUUUGGGCCGUUUCUGUGCCGUGCUUGUCGGGGCUCGUCUUCCUGCCUCUGCUCGCCUCUCGACAACCAGAUUCCCCACAUGCCUUUCUCUGUCGUCCUUGAUAGGCAUUAUCUUGUGAGAGUAGUAUUCCCAUUGUAUUACCCAAAAACGAUUCGAUGAAUGCAAUCAUAUUACCC